GGAAAGAUAUGUAUACUGGCUAUUGCACCAGUAUAAUACAAUCCGAUUCAUGGUACUAGCAUCGAUGGAUGUUGUAUGCAGCGGAGUUGUUCUUCUCAUGAUACUGGCUACUGCACCAGUAGCGAUAGCAGGAACAGAGUCUGCUGUGAAUUUAGAAGCUGAAGCACUGCUCAAGAGUGGCUGGUGGGGAGUCAAUACUACUGCAAGAAACGUCUCAGCCCAUUGCCAGUGGCCUGGUAUCAUUUGCAACGAUGCUGGUAGUGUCACCGAAAUACUACUUCCGAACUACGGAAUCCUAGAUGACUUGACAAAUUUCUGCUUCUCCUCUUUUCCGAACCUGGUUAGACUUGAUCUCAGCGGCAAUGCACUCGACGGAGCCAUCCCACAUCAAAUAGGUGCCCUCACCAAAAUCACCUAUCUCAAUUUGUCUUCCAACCAUCUUCGAGGUGAGCUUCCUUCUUCUCUAUUAAACCUUACACAACUAGCACAACUUGAUAUUUCUUGGAAUUCGAUUGAAAGUUUAAUUCCUCCAGGUAUCGGAAACUUAACAAACUUGGUUACUCUAAACUUGAGCCACAAUAUUUUUUGGAAUCACAUCCCUCCAACUCUUGGUCAAUUGUCCAAUCUUGCCUCCCUUGACCUCAGUAAUAAUAUCCUCAGUGGAACAAUUCCCUUGGCUCUUUGUCGUUUGACAAAUCUUUCCCGGUUCGACAUUAGCUUCAACAAGUAUGUUGGAGGAUCUCUCCCAGAAGAAAUAGGACAGCUAAAGAGUUUAAUAGAGUUAAAAUUGAGUGGCAAUCAAUUUUAUGGUGGCAUCCCUCCCACUCUCGGCCACUUGUCCAAAUUGGCCUCCCUCGAUCUCAGUGACAAUGCAUUUGAUGGAGCCAUCCCACAUCAAAUAGGUGCACUCUCCAAACUCACCUAUCUCACUUUGUCUUCCAACCAUCUUCGAGGCGAGCUUCCCUUUUCUCUAGUAAAUCUCACACAACUAGCUGAACUUCAUGUUUCAAGUAAUAUUAUCAAAGGCUUUAUUCCCUCAUUCAUCGGAAACUUGACAAAUUUGGUUACUCUAUACUUGAGGUACAAUAAUUUUUGGGGUCGCAUCCCUCCAACUCUUGGCCAAUUGUCUAAUCUAGACUCCCUUGACCUGAGUAAUAACCACUUCAGUGGGACAAUUCCUUCAGCACUUUUUAAUUUGACAAAUCUUUCCCGACUAGACAUUCACAUGAAUACUGCAAUGGGAGGAUUUCUCUCAGAAGAAAUAGGAAAUUUGAAGAGUUUAGUUGAAUUAGACUUGAGUUACAGUGUGUUCUCUGGCAGCAUCCCUCCCGCUCUUGGCCAAUUGUCCAAUCUAAACUCCCUUAACCUUAAUAAUAACCACUUCAGUGGGACAAUUCCUUCAGCUCUUUUUAAUUUGACAAAUCUUUUCCGGCUAGACAUUCACUCGAAUCCCUCAAUGGGAGGAUUUCUCCCAGAAGAAAUAGGAAAUUUGAAGAGUUUGGUUGAAUUAGACUUCCGUUACCUUAAUCUUUCAGGUGCCCUCCCUUCGUCUCUUGGCCACCUAACCAAACUAAUAUCUCUUUCAGGUGCUAAGAAUCAAAUUCAUGGGUCCGUUCCCCCUGAAAUAGGAAAUUUAAAAAAUUUGAAAUAUCUCAAUCUUGCAUUCAACUACCUGACUGGUCAAAUCCCUUCGACCCUUGGCAAUCUGACUGCUCUUACUUCUUUGAUCCUCUCUUCUAACCAAAUAAGUUGUUCCAUACCCCUUGAACUUUUCAAUAUACCUUUUCUAGAAUUUCUAGAUAUUUCUUCAAACCAAAUUAUAGGUCCAAUUCCUAUCCAAUUUGGGGAUGACAUUAUUAAAUCCGAGUGGUACCAUUUGACUUUGAAUCUUUCCUACAAUACUCUCUCUGGCACUGUUCCCUCGUCUCUUCUGCGACUCGGGGACGUCGACCUGUCCUAUAAUGCUUUGGAAGGCAUCACCCCCCAUACUACAUCAUAGGUCUUGGCGUAUCCUUGUUGGUGUUCUCAAUAACUGGCGGACUAGUAAUUUAUAUCUUCUGCUUCAAGAAAGUUAAAGUUGAGCCGAUAGACAAUAAACAUGGAGACAUUUUUAGAAUAUGGAACUAUGAUGGACAUAUGGCUUACGAAGACAUAAUUAAAGCAACCAAUGAUUUUGA